CAGAAUGACUUAUGAUUUGGCAGGCGUUAGGUUAUGUGCAUGGUGCUCAAGUUGUCCAUGCAUCUGAACCAGUCCAUGGACGUCUAAGUGAAAUUCAGCAUAAUGGCUGCAAACUGUUUCAUGACAUUCCUUCUGGCAGAAAUUCAGGAUUCAAGGUGGUUCGAUAUCAUUCACUUGUAAUUGAUGCUGAAUCUCUCCCAAAGGAACUCAUUCCUAUAGCUUGGACCUCUUCCAGUGAUGCACUUUCUUUUCUUGAGACCCAGCAGUCUAACAUUACCUCAGAUGCUUAUGAAAGAUCCACUGAAUCUUUUUCUGAAGUUAAAAAUGGAAGUUGUUGGCCUUCUGUCCAGUCUGAUAAAAGCAGAAGAGUUCUCAUGGGCGUCAUGCAUUCUUGCUGGCCGCAUUAUGGUUUGCAGUUUCAUCCAGAAAGUGUUGCUACAUAUCAUGGGAGGCAAAUAUUCAAGAACUUUAGGAAGAUUACAGAGGAUUAUUGGUUGAGAUCGAGGCCAUACACUGCACGCAUGCAGGUGCCUGGUGCUAGUCGACUGUUGAAAGAAGUUUCUAGAAAUAGGCAUUUAGGGAGUAAUGCAGAUGAGCAAUUAUAUAGAGAAACUUCUAAAAGUAGCCAAUUAGUGCACAAUGCAGAGAAGAGGAGUCAUUUUGGCAUGUCCAGUAUGGUAAAUCUUUCGCAUCCAAGCACAGGUGUUAAGUUUCUAAAAUUGAAAUGGAGGAAAUUUGAUCAUUUGGCCAAUCAUGUUGGUGGGGCAAGAAAUAUAUUUUGUGAAUUGUUUGGACACAAUAAAGCUGAGAACACCUUUUGGUUGGACAGUUCUUCAAGGGAAAAGAAAAGAGCUCGCUUUUCAUUCAUGGGGGGAAAAGGUGGAUCUCUUUGGAAGCAGUUGACAUACAGAUUGUCUGAUCAAAGUGAUAUGACUUUUAAAGGUGGAGGUUAUUUAUUGAUUGAAGAUGCUCAUGGCUGUACCAGAAACACAUUCUUGGAAGAAGGUUUUCUUGAUUUUUUGAAUCAGGAGCUUCUGUCAUUCAAGUACAAGGAGGAAGACUAUGAAGGGCUGCCUUUUGACUUUCAUUGCGGAUAUAUUGGUUAUAUAGGGUAUAACCUUAAAGUUGAAUGUGGUGCGGUAUCUAACUGCCACAAAUCCAGGACUCCAGAUGCUUGCUUUUUCUUUGCUGAUAAUAUUGUUGUCAUUGAUCAUCAUAACGAUGAUGUGUACAUAAUGUCUCUACAAGAAGAACGAGUUACUUCUACUUCGUGGUUGGAUGAUACAGAAGAGAAGCUUUUAAGCUUAAAAGCUUCUGCUGCAAGGUUAGAUGAGCAGACUUUCGAGGCCGCAACUUUUUCCCCAUUUAAGGCAGGCUUUCAGGCUGAGAAAUCCAGAGAGCAAUAUAUGGAGAAUGUUGAAAAGUGUCUUAACUACAUCAAAGAUGGAGAAAGCUACGAGUUAUGUCUCACAUCUCAGAUUAAAAAAAGUAUUGGGGAAAUAGAUUCUCUGGGACUUUACCUUCACCUUAGACAAAAAAACCCGGCUCCAUAUGCUGCGUGGCUUAAUUUUUCAAAGGAAAAUCUAUGCAUCUGCUGUUCUUCCCCUGAGAGGUUCCUGCAACUGGACAGAAAUGGUGCAUUGGAAGCCAAGCCUAUUAAGGGUACUGUAGCUCGUGGAGCAACAGUGGAGGAAGAUGAACAACGCAAGCGGCAACUGCAGUAUAGUGAAAAGGAUCAGGCAGAGAAUUUAAUGAUUGUUGACCUUCUAAGGAAUGACCUCGGUCGUGUCUGCGAGCCAGGCUCUGUUCAUGUGCCCCAUCUUAUGGAUGUGGAAUCAUACGCAACUGUUCAUACCAUGGUGAGUACAAUUCGAGGGAAAAAGAGGUCAGAUGUAAGUGCAGUUGAUUGUGUCAGAGCUGCAUUUCCGGGUGGUUCAAUGACAGGUGCACCAAAGUUAAGAUCAAUGGAACUACUCGACUCUCUUGAAACUUGUUCGCGAGGCAUCUACUCGGGCUCCAUUGGAUUUUUCUCAUAUAACAAGACUUUUGAUCUGAAUAUCGUUAUAAGAACAGUAGUUGUCCAUGAAGGUGAAGCUUCAAUAGGGGCUGGAGGGGCCAUUGUUGCUCUAUCGAACCCGGAAGAUGAGUACGAAGAAAUGAUUUUGAAAACACGUGCCCCAGCUAAGGCUGUCAUGGAAUUUCUUUAGGGGUAUGCAUUGUACCUUAUCCACUUGCAAAUUUGAUAGUCUUAUAGAACUAAAGAAAAGUUUUACAUCCCUGCAAAACUGCAGCAAUAUGUAGUGUAGCUUUGAUUUAUUAAUGGAGGAUACAUGAUUUGUUUUGUCAAAACAAUAAAAGAAAUUGUUUUUGGAUGA